AUGGCUCGCAAUAGUGUAAUGAAUAUGAUUAUUGAUGGCUCUGAUUCUGAUAAUGAAUUGGAGAUAUUUACAAUAGCUGCUUCAGAAGAAGAGCGACUAAAUAAUAAGAGACAGUUAGAAUUACAUCAUGGUUCCAUUCAAGGUCAUGCAAUUAUUUAUCGUAAUCGAAUUCAAGGCCACAAGAGACUUUAUCAAGACUACUUCUCUGAAACUCCUACAUAUCCUCCCAAUUUAUUCAGAAGGAGGUUCCGAAUGAGUCGAUGUCUCUUUCUUCUUAUUUUAUCUACGGUGAAAGCAUAUGAUCCUUAUUUUGUCCAGAAAAAAGAUGUUGUUGGAGUUCUUGGUCUGUCUUCCUUUCAAAAGAUGACUGCUGCUAUGAGGAUGCUCGCUUAUGGAGUAGCGGCAGAUUCUGUAGAUGAUUAUGUGAGAAUUAGAUAA